AUGCCAAUCAACAAAUUCCGUGGAAAGUUCUAUUUUCUGUCGAACUUCGGUCCCUGCGAGCAGGGUGUGGAGUUCGAUGGUGAUCUGUACCCAACUUCUGAGCAUGCAUACCAAGCCGCUAAGAUUGAGGACCGGGACGGAAGGGAUUCGUUCACAGUGGGCGGGUCACUUGGUCCCAACCCCCGGGAUGCUCAAGCAAAGGGGAGAACGGUCAAGAAGCGUCCAGGUUGGGAGAAGAUGAAAGUGGACGUGAUGUUGGCCGUAGUUCGCUCAAAGUUCGCCAGGGAUGCGGAGAUGCGCAAGAAGUUGCGUGCCACGCGUGGUCAACAGCUUGUGGAAGGUCACACGAACGACCAAUUCUGGGGCAAUAAGAGAAAUCAUCUCGGCCACAUCCUCAUGCGCGUGCGGGAUGAGCUUCCACAAGAAACGGACCAGACGGAGGUUGCAGAUGAGGAGGUUGCAGCCGACUCUGCCGAUCCCAAGUGCACGAGAAGCAAGGGCGACGAACGUCGCAGAGCUGAAUUUGAAGACGAGUGUGCUGCAUACGAGCAGGGUGAGCCAGAAGAUUCAGCCAGUUCAGCCGAUGAAGCAUCCUGCACAGAUGAUGCGACCGACGCCGGCUCUUCGGACUCGGGCCUCACCGCAGCCUUCGCGGGUUGGCUUCAACAUUCCCUGGCCCAAGAGAUGACCAAAACGGCCGAUCUGGAGAGUGCUUUUUCCACCAUGGAGGUCAUUUUGAAGGAUGUUGAGGGUGACCCGCAUGAGACCCUAGCAGACGCAGCCAAGAUGCUCCGAGACGAUUUCGGCGCCCCGAAGACUGCCGACGACUUGUUCCAGAAUUGGCUCGCCCUUCAACGCCGCGGAGAUGCCUUCCUAAACCCUGAGUCCGAAACCCUCAACCCCAAAGAGAGACGGGGUUCCGACUCUGGCACCCUCGAGUCCGGGCCUUCCCGUUUUGGGAUGUUCAGCGUUGUAGUAGCCGUGUUUUUGUACAGGAAUUAG